AUGUCCGUACCUGUCGGCCUCGAAGCGCAGCGCCUGAAGAACCUGCAACAGAAGCAAAGACUGCUAGAAGAACUCAAUCUCAAUCUCAAUCUCCACUCGGAGCCCACCAGAUCCAGAUCCAGAUCCAGAUCGACCAGGAUCGAUGAACCGGAAAUACCACAACGCGGCAAACGACGGCGUCUGAACCCCUCCACGUCCACUUCCACUUCCACUUCCUUACCAUCAAGGACCUCUGCAAGGAUAGCAGCUAGCGGCACCAGGGUAUCAUACACCGAAGAGCGACAUGAGACUGCUCCGGAGCCCGCUCUCAAGGCGAACAGGAUACCACAGACAUCCAAGCGAAAGCAUACCAUAUCCAGCCGACUUCAACAGCAACCAUCACCACCACCACCACCAUAUGCCGAAUCGGACCUGUCCACCCUCCUGGAUCGAUACAACAACUGGACCCCCACGGCCCCAGAGCCCACCCUAUUUCCUGACGGCACAUACCAAUUCCCAUCGCACCCGACGUUCAAGCCAAACAAAUCCCCCCUGUCGAUAUUGCUCGAGGGCGCUUUUGGCGGCCACUACUUCUCCCCCUGGCACAGCCGCACACUCGGCCUGACCCUCCAAGGCGACCACCAGAAAACGCUGCCGGCGGCGUGGCUGGCCCAGCUCCAGCCCGUGACAAAGUAUCUGACGUCGCCGAUCUACGAUGCCUCGCUGAACAGGUACGGGGUGGUAUGUGGCCAGACGCUGACGCAGUGGGAAGAUGCCGGGUGGAUCAAUUUCACCCAUGACCCUCGCGGCUGGUUUGAGUGGUAUAUUCGCUUUUGGCUUGGCCGCCGGUGCGAGGAUGGCGAGGACGAGAGACAGGUCGGGAGGUGGGUGAGGUGUGUUGGUCCGAGGGGGAGGUGGAAACGCCUUUUGUUGAAGAAAUAUGUCGAGCUGGGGGUCAGAAGUAUCUUCGACGACGAUUUCGACGGCGAUGGUGAUGGUAGCAAAAAUGUCAGCCCCGUCAUGCAUCAGACUUGUCAUCAUUGGGCAUAUCAGGUCACCCAGGAGGAUUUGGAUGAUGCCUGGAGGGAGAGGAGAGGAACAUAA